AUGGAUCUGAACUCGACGAAUUCGUCUCCCGAGCCCUGGGAAAUCUCGCUGCUUGGACCAAGCGCAUGGAACAGUCCAGCGCAGGUGGCCCUGGCCGCCCUGCUCAUCUUCCUCCUCUCUCCGCUGGUUCUUUGCAGCAACGCCUUGCUGCUCCUGUCCAUGUACCGGUUCAAGCGGCUCAGAACGCCCAGCAACCUUUUCCUCCUCUCCCUUUUCUCGGCCGACUUCGCCAUCGGGCUUCUUCUGCCUCCGGGCCUCUACUUUGAAUUUGCCAGACAGAACAUCCGAUGCUCAGUUUUGUGCCUCCUGCCUUACUGCCUCUUCAUCCAGCUGAGCGGAGUGGCCAUGAUCAGCGCCGCCGCGGUGGCCCUAGACCGGUGUACGUCCCUCGCCCUGCCCCUCACCUACAACAACCUCAUCACCCAUAGGACUGCUGGAAGAACUGUAAUCGCCAUAUGGGUCUACGCGCUGCUCGUGUCCGGUGUUCCCCUGCUUCAUCUACCGCCACCCAAGCAGUCGUGCAGCUUCAAACUGGUGUCCACACCAGUGAGACUGUUUCUUUUGUGUGCUCUCUACCUUCCGUGUUUGGCAGUGAUGACGAGCAGCUAUGUUUACGUGUAUGUGGUGGCCAGGAGGCACGCCAGAGCCAUCUACUCGGUCGAGAACAACCUGAGGACGGCGCUUCCACAGGACAGGCACUACGGCUGGACGCUCACGCUGACCGUGGCCUGUUUUGCCCUGCUCUGGACUCCCGCGACGGUGUUCAUGGUCGCUGAGGUGGCUUCGGACACCGAGUUUGAUCCCAAGACGCCGUUUUAUCUAGGCCUAGCCGGACUGUCGGGAAGCUCAGUCGAUCCCCUGUUGUACGGGUUCAGGAAUUCCGAGUUUCGUGCUGCCCUUCUGCGCAUGCUGAAGGAACUGCUGCCGCGAAUGUCCAGUGACUUCUUAGGAGAGAGCCCUAGCGGUUUCCGAAGGAGUCGCUGCGGCACCGCAUCUACGCUGAGGCCUGCCGGAGCAAGCACCACUGCCGCGCCUCUUGAGACGGACUGCUCCGCAUGCACUAGGACGUUGAUUAUGAUGGACCUCAGGCCAGUGAGCUGCGUCUAA